AUGCAACCGGACGCCGCGCGACGGGCCGCCGACCACGACCUGCGUGAGCAAGUGCGCCACGCGUGGAGCUUGGCCGAUGGCGAUUCUGAGCGCAUGCAGACGGUAAGUACCGUUGAUUUCGCCUCGAUCGCGGCGUUCCGUGGCGGCCUCGACGAACUCGUGGCCAGGAAAAACGAGAUCUUGCGCGAGUUGGGUGACGGCGACGACGACGUCGCGCGGACCAUGGAGGAGCUGGCCGGACGCGUCGUGUUGCUGUUGAAACGCACCGCCGACGUGGUCGCGGUGGGCGUGGCGAAUUCGGCGGAACGGGCCGCACGCGACGCCGCACCGAACCUGAGCGAUCUACGCACCCGCCUGCAGCAGAGUCUGGAGCUGAACAUGGCCGACGGGGGCACGACGCGCUUUCUGGGACAGGCAGCCAUGGCAACCGUCGACAUGGCGCUGGUGCGCAACGCGGGCGGCGCGCUGAAUAUUGCACCGUCGCAGGCGACACCGCCCGGCUUCGAGCGGCUCGCUCAUGGCAACGGCACCGCUGCGCUCAUGCGACCGGCGCAGAACGCUGACCCUGACGAUCGGGACGCCGCGCGCGAGCUGCUUGCGACGUCGGGCAUGGGGAUCACGCCGACACUGCAGGCACUGUCUGACAGCGAGCAGGCUAAGCAGCGAUACGCGGCGCUGCUGAACGCUGCCGCCACGGAUCUGAGCGCGGACGAUGCGGCGGGCUCGAUCGGCGCGCUCGACGCGGAGGAUCUGCGCCUCGCCAACGCUGCGAAUCGCGCGAGGACGGCCGUGCACACAGUGCGCUCAAAUGCCGCGGCGCUGCUCACAGGACUCGCCGGCGCUGCAAGCCAGAUGGCGAACGCGUUGAGGACGCCCGUGAGCGGCACUGACCCGCUUGCCGCGCUGUCGGCGCCACAGUCCCAUGCGCUGCCGCUCGAGGACAGCAUGCUGCGCACGCUACGCGAGCGCUCGCAGGCGCUGUACGUACGCGGACGCACGGCCCUCGCCAGCAUCGUACGUUACGAGGCGUUGUUCUCGCUACGGAACGCGCGGCCGUACGUAAGGCGACAGUGUGUCAAUACUGUGUACCGCUGCGCAUUCUUUUUAGAGUGCGUCGGCGGACUGGUCGCUGAGGCGCUGGCGGAGACGGGUGGCGCGAUGGUGUAUGGCGAGACCGACGCGGAGCGGAUGGACCGCGUCGCUGUUGGCAUACGCGCGCUACCGCGCGGCAGCGCCGUCUGGGCGGCAUUCCGCACGAUAAGCCAGAUCGACGGCGUGGAGCUCAACCACGGAUGGAUGCUGUACGUGAGGGAUCUGGCGCGCUCAGAUCCCUCCUGCGCACGGUGUUGCCCGAGACGCGGGCGCCCGACGUUUGGCAUGCGCAUCGACCCGCCGCCGGGCGGGCCGGCCGCCGGCGAGCACCGCGAAGUGCUGCGACCCAAUCGCAUGGCCGACACAAUUGUCGAGCGCCACGCGGCGCAGCGCCGGCACUUCAUGCGCGCGGAUGAGCACGAGGAGGCGCCGCGGUUCGUCUACGCCGAGCAGGAUGGAUACCGCGCGCGCGACACGGUGUUGACACUCGCUCAGAGCAACGAGCGUCGCACCGAGCGACUCACGGAGGCGUACGACCUCGUCGCCCACGCCACGAACGUGCAGGAGAUGACGGCGCAGGCGCUCCACGAUUUGUAUGCAGCCUACGAGGCGCUGCGGCAGUUGCACACGGACGGGGCCCAGUGGCGGAACGUCGCGCCUGGCGCGGUGGAGAACAUGACGGGCGAACAGCGCGAGGCGGAGCGCAACGCACUGCGGGAUGAAAUCGUGCAACGCGCCGGGCGAUACAUCAUGUGUCCUGUGUGCUUCAACCCGCGUCGCGAGGCGGUGGUGCUGACUGCGUGCUCGAAUGCGCACCCGAUCUGCGUGAGCUUUACCUUGGGGCAUACCACCACGUCCACUACGGUGUUACCUGAGGAGGACGAUGAUGCACAGCCUUUUCCUGUGGCGACCCCUGAUGUGGUUGGGGUGGUUACCUCUGGACGUACCUUGACGAGUCGGGAUGAGAUGAUCAUCAGGAGGACAGCUGAGCUGGUGACAUCGAGAAUGACCACUCUCUUGCAGAGGGCCAACCUGCUUCCCAGUCAGCCACGGCCACCGUGGAGGGAGAAUGUGGGACCGUACGCACGGUCACCUGGAACAUCCUUGACUCUGCCUGCACGUGAGUGGACCAUACAAGACACUUGGGAUCACAUUGCACAGGCUCACAGGUCUCGGAGACUAUCUGUUGGUGAACGCGAUCGAAGACUCUAUGGAAUUCUGCUUGGACAACUUGGGGGUGACCAAGUUGGAAAUGUGGAAACUCUGGCUGUAGAAACUUCUAUUGACGCUGGGGAGUCUGAACCUACUGGGGUGACAUCGGAGCCUACUACGAACACUAUGGGGGCAGCUUCGCAAGCAUCGUUGAUGCCUGCUAUUCCUCCUGCUGGCGGUGAUCCCUCUGUUCUACGUCCUCCUGAUAAUGCUCGAUUGCUACAUGGUGAAGGAAGCCGCGAAGUACCUGAUCGUUCUACGAUGUAA